AUGUACGCUACAGAGGCACCUGCCACCAGUGCGGCAGAUGGUAAACUCCAAUUAUCAUUGGUCCUUCCCCAUGAGACAAUCUUUUCAUCUAGUGGUGUUACUCAGGUUAACAUUGCUGCUGAAUCAGGGGACAUGGGUGUGUUGGCAAAUCAUGUGGCUAGUAUCGAAAGCUUGAAGCCAGGUGUCGUAGAAGUGAUUGAAAAUCAAGGGGACUCCAAGAAGUGGUUUGUUUCGGGUGGAUUUGCAAACGUACAUCCUAACAACUCCCUCACUAUCAAUGCAGUCGAGGCAUACCCCCUGGAGGCCUUUUCAGCUGAGGCGGCCCGUGCUGGACUUCAAGAGGCCCAACGUGCUUUGUCAACCGGAACUGAAGCUCAAAAGGCUGAAGCAGCAGUCGAAGUAGAGGUCUUUGAAGCGUAA